AUGCGGAACCGCGGCGACGGGCCGAAGGCGAACGUCGCGGGCCACGGCGACCCGGCGAAGACCAUCUACGUCGGCAAGCUCGGCGGCUGCGUCGCGGCGGACGUGCUCGCGGAGAUCUUCGGGUGCAUCGGGCCCGUGACCGACGCGCGCGUCGACGGGUCCGGCGCGUUCGCGUUCGUCGAGUUCCGCGACGCCGAGGCCGCCGAGGCCGCGGCGGCCAUGGACGGCACGGACAUCGCGGGCCAGCGCAUCGCCGUGCGCCCCGCCAAGGCCAAGGAGCUCGACGCGUCGACAAUCGAGCGCGUCGCGGCGCUCCACGAGGCCGCGGACGCGCUCCAGCGCGAGCUGCCGUCGACGAUCACGGCGGGCCUCGGCGUCGUCGGCCCGACGCAGCUCACGGCCCUCGCGUCCAUCACGUCGCCCGCGGCGCUCGCCGCGCUCCGCCGCGGCGGCGACGAGCGCGGCAAGGCGCCGCCGAUCACGUCCGACGCGCGGUGCACGGAGAUGAACCCGGCGCAGCGGCGCGCCGAGGUCGAGGCGCGCCACCGCGGCCAGAUGCUGGGCACGGCCUGGGGCAUGUGCAAGCGCCGCUCCGAGAGCCGGAGCUCGUCGUCGCGGAGCCGGUCCCGGAGCCCGCCGCGGCCGUCCGUCAGCGGCCGUUCCCCGCCGCGGCCCAACGUCCAGACGGGCCGCCGCGACCGGGGCGGCUACGGCGGCGGCGGGCACCGCGACGACCGGCCCGUCCGCGGCGGCUACGACCACCUCGACCGCGUCCGCGUCGGCGACCGCGACCGCGACGACCGCGGCGACCGCGGCCGCGCCGUCGACGCGCGCGACCUCGACGAGCGGCUCCGGCGCGCCGUCGGCGACCGGCCCCGCGACCUCCCGCCGCGCGAGCAACCGCCGCCGCCGCGCCCCCGCUACGACGACCGCCGCGACGACCGCCGCGACGACCGCGGCCCCUACCGCGACGACCGCGGCGCCUACCGCGACGACCGCGGCGCCUACCGCGACGACCGCGGCCCCUACCGCGACGACCGCGGCGGCGGCUACCGCGGCGACGACCGCGGCGGCGGCUACCGCGGCGACGACCGCGGCGGCGGCUACCGCGGCGACGACCGGGGCGGCGGCGGCUACCGCGACGACCGCUACGACCGGGGCCGCGACUACGCCUACGACCGCCGGAGCCCGCCCCGCUACGAGCGCGCGGGCCGCUAA